AUUUUUCUUUUUACCUCUACAGAGCAUCAUCAAUAUAAUAUAACAAUGGACUUAUUUUAAACACCUGCUUUACAAAAGCACUGUCAAAAUGGGAUUUGAUCUGAUGAGGUUCAGUGGUAGAGUUGAUGAAGAGUUAAUGUGUGUGAUAUGUGGUGGCGUUCUUGAAGAUCCUGUGAUGGUGGAAGAAUGUGAGCAUUGUUUCUGCAAAUGUUGUAUAGAGGCUUGGUUGCAGAGACAACAAACAUGUCCUGUAGAUCGUAGUCAACUGCAAACCCAACAUUUGAAACCUGUUCCAAGGAUAAUGAGGAAUAUGUUAGGUCGACUGACUCUGAUGUGUGAAAAUAGAAAGUAUGGUUGUGCCACAAUCGUACGUCUUGAUCAGUUAUUGUCACAUCAAACUGAAUGUGAUUUUAAUCCAAAAAAACCCAUACAAUGUACUCGUGGUUGUGGCGUAGUUGUUCCAAAAGACGAAAUGUCUGACCACAAUUGUAUCAGAGAAUUGCGUUGUCUUGUCAACAAACAAAAAAUUGAGAUCAAUGAUCUAAAUUUGCAUAAGGUUGAAGCUAAUAAGCAAAUAUCUGAACUGAAACAUGAAGUAUCUCUUUUAAAAGAGUACAUUAAAGCCUUGAAAAUACCAACUAAUCCAAGCUUACAAAUCAUACAGCAACGAAUGGAGCAAGAUGAUGUCAUACGGUGGGGCAGUUCACUUACACUUGCGAGGGUCACCCGCUGGGGUGGGGUGAUUUCUACUCCAGAUGUAGUUUUACAAACAGUUAUUAAACGAGCUCUAAUUGAUACUCAAUGCCCAUUACACAUUGUUAAUGAUUUGAUGGAAAAUGCACAUGAGAGGAGAUGGCCUGUUGGCUUGAGCACUCUAGAAACUAGACAACUCCACCGUCGUCAAUACGAGGAUUAUGUCACAAAAAGAAUUCCGGGAAAGCAGGCUAUUGUGAUUUUGCAAUGUGAAAAUAAUCAUAUGGGAGACGAUAUGAUUUUACAUCCAGGAAUUGUUAUUAUUUUUGCCCAUGGUGUUGUGGACGUAACGUAAAUAUAUGUGUUAUUAUUAUUUUUUUCAUUGGUCUUGUAGCGUUUUUCGCAAUCAAUAGUAUUUCCAAAACACAGCUUCAUUAUUAUCGGAAUGAAUUUAGUUCAUAUUGCUUAUUUACCCAAUCGACUCGUAGUUUUUCUGAUCACAAUAAUGUUGUUUUUAUCGGUUCAACAUAUUGGUAAUAGGCAUCUGAUCGUUUUGCAUCCGUUACGACGCCGUGCCAUAGUAAUGACGAUUAAUGUUAUUCAUUUACUGAUUGAUUCGUGUUAGCUUUAAUGUCUCGCUGACUUUGUUACUUCUAAUUUUUGCAUCGUUUUAGUCAGUGGUAAGAAAAUAUAUCGAUGUUGUUAUAUUA